CCUGGCGCGGCGCGCUGGACGUCCGGAGCUGGAGUUGUGUGAUUUGGUCCUCCUCCCGCUCGGGCGGCGUGUGCGCCGUGUGGCUGAGGGCCGGGAUGUUACCGGGUAACGUGACGGUGGGAGAGGAGGAAGAAGAGUAUGCGGAGGACUGUCCUGAAUUGGUCCCCAUUGAGGCGAAGACAACAGAGGCGGAGGAGAAGCCUGGCCUUGGCGUUAAGAUUCCGGUGACAAUCAUCACCGGGUAUUUGGGUGCUGGCAAGACAACACUUCUGAACUACAUUUUGACAGAGCAGCAUUGUAAGAGAAUAGCGGUUAUUUUAAAUGAAUUUGGAGAAGGAAGUGCGGUAGAGAAAUCCUUGGCUGUCAGCCAAGGUGGCGAGCUCUAUGAAGAGUGGCUGGAACUUGGAAAUGGUUGUCUCUGCUGCUCAGUAAAGGACAGUGGCCUUAGAGCUAUUGAGAAUUUGAUGCAGAAGAAGGGAAAAUUUGAUUACAUACUGUUAGAGACCACUGGGCUAGCAGAUCCUGGUGCUGUGGCUUCCAUGUUUUGGGUUGAUGCUGACUUAGGGAGUGAGAUUUAUCUUGAUGGUAUCAUAACUGUUGUAGAUUCAAAAUAUGGAUUAAAACAUUUAACAGAAGAAAAACCUGAUGGCCUUAUCAAUGAAGCGUCUAGGCAAGUUGCUUUGGCAGAUAUGAUUCUCAUCAAUAAAACAGAUUUGAUUUCAGAAGAGGAGUUAAACAAAUUACGAACAACUAUUAGAUCCAUAAAUGGACUUGGAAAUAUCUUAGAAACACAAAGAUCAAGAGUUGAUCUCUCAAAUGUAUUAGAUCUUCAUGCUUUUGAUGGUCUCUCUGGAAUAAGUUUGCAGAAAAAACUUCAGCAUGUGUCAGCAGUACCUCAUCUUGAUCAGAGUAUUCUCACAGUCACUUUUGAAGUACCAGGAAAUGCCAAAGAAGAAAGUCUGAAUGUAUUUAUUCAGAAUCUCCUGUGGGAAAAGAACGUGCGAAACAAGGAGGAGCGCUGCAUGGAGGUCAUCCGGCUGAAGGGACUGGUAUCUCUCAAAGACAAACCACAACAGGUUAUCCUCCAAGGGGUCCAUGAGCUGUAUGACUUGGAGGAGACGCCCCUGAGCUGGAAAGAGAACAGUGAGAGAACAAAUCGACUGGUCCUUAUUGGCAGGAAUUUAGAUAAAGAUAUCCUUAGGCAACUAUUUAUCACCACAGUGAUGGAAACAGAAGAGCCGUGGACCUCGGCAGAUCCCAUUUUCCUAUUUGUCAGUUCUUACUAUCAUUUCCUAAGCUACUCGAGUCCUGUUCAGAAAGUUGUUACCCUAUGUCAAAUACAUAUUCAUUUUGAUAGUUAAUUAUUUUAUAUAAAUCAUUGGUGCAUACAUGGUCAAUAACUCGAUUUUCUUCUGUUCCUGCUACAUGCCACCUUGUACAGCUACACUGAAAUUAUAGAAAAAGGGAAACUUUAAUGAAGAGCUUUCUCAAUCUAAUAGUUGGGGUCAGAGAAGGUUAUCACAUGACUUUUAGGGAUUCCCCUACCCCCAUUUUAAGUAAAGGAGCCACAUCUACAUGUUUAGAAUGAUUGAGGAUUCGUCAAUUACAUUAUCUCGAGUUGGUCUUCACCGUUGUAUCCUUUGGCAUCUACCAGCAAGCUUGCUGGUCCUGAUCUUUUAUUUUGUAAUUAAAAAUAACCUCUAUAGUCAACUAGUUGCUUCCUGAAUCCAUUCUUUUCCGCUUAUGUUUGAGAAACGACCCUUAAUUAUGUGGCAAUGAAUUGCUCAAUAGAAAGCUAAUUUUUUAAGCCAAAUCUAGGCCUUAAUUCUAGCUUUGCUGCUUUGAGUAUUUA